UGUACAGAUAUUUAUAUUAUAAUUGGCUUGUCUUUGCUCAUAGGAUUUGAGUACAGGUGUUAUCCAUUUCACACAGACAUUGUACUUCCCUUUCUGCCCAAGCCCAGAGCAGAAAGAGCUCUUAACUCAGGGACAGACAGCAGAGAGGAUGCCCAAGGUCCCGAUUCACUGUCGACUUUAUUCUCAGAAUGGAGUAAUCCAGUGUUCAUACGGCCUCCAGAGGUUGCUGUGGAUGUAACCAGCGGUCAAGCUGAGGGUCUUGCUGUAAAAAUACACAAUAUUCUUUUCCCCUACCGGUUUACCAAGAAUAUGAUCCACACAAUGAGAGUCAUCAAUCAAGUGGACAAGAAGUUCCUUGCUUGUUUAAUAAAUACAACAGAGCAGGACAUCUCUGAAAGCAGUACAAAUGAAGGAAAUCUCCUAGUGUUGGUUGAUCAGCAUGCUGCCCAUGAAAGAGUUCGACUGGAGGGGUUGGUAACAGACUCUUAUGAGGAUGAUCCAGACACACCUGGAAAAAAGAGGCUAUGUUCUUCAAGUGUAACCCCACCCUUGGAGAUUAAUGUAACUGAGGAGGAAUUGAGACUUCUGAGGUCUUGUCAGGCCUUCCUGAGGGGUCUUGCUUUAGAUGUAAGUUUCCCAAAUAGUGAGUCACUGAAUGUGUUGUUGCAGAGACUUCCCACAUGUUUCAUAGAGAAAGAAAGCACAGAGAUCCGCCGUGGAAGGCGGUCCGUAAUUAAAACCAUUGCAGAGGACUACCUGCGAGAACACAUUGAGCUUCUCCGCUCAACAGGAAGAGUGAGAGGAACGCUGCCUCUGACAGUACAUAAUGUUCUCGCUUCUCAAGCUUGUCAUGGAGCAAUUAAGUUCAAUGACAUUUUGAGUAAAGAGGAGUGCUGUAGUCUGGUGAGCUCGCUCUCCUCUUGUCAUCUUCCUUUCCAGUGUGCUCAUGGAAGACCUUCCAUCGUCCCUCUGGCAGAUCUUCACCACUUAGAAGAUCAACAGGAUCUUCCCAAACCAAAUCUGAGGAAACUGAGAAGGAUGUACAAGUCAUGGCAGCUUUAUGGAAAAGAUCAAUCUCUUGCACAAAGCAAAGCAUGAAUUUAUAUAUAUAUAACAUUUUUGAAUUAAAUUAUUUAUUUUA